AUGCAUCGCCAACGAGGUAACUCGGUCGUUGAAGACAUCGUCGUCCCUAGUCAUCUUUUGGCUACAGCGGCUGUUCAUCGCAACUGGAAACCGAGUCAAUGGGAGUCUGCUCUGCCCCAAACUGGACCCGUUUCGCGGGCGUUGUAUGCAGAGGCUAGGGCAAAUACAACAAACUCGCUGAAUAGGUCGUUGAGCUUGAAUGACGACCGCGUUUCUAGGCCACAACAGUCAUAUCGACCGCGAUCCAGGAGCAUCCCAUCCAUUAUCCCGGAGAGGCAGUCAUUAUCCUCGGCCUCAUCACCAUCAGUUAGUCGGUGCUUGAGCCCAGAGCCACGGUCACCACAUGUACACUUUUCUCAUUCUACGGCCGCAUCUCCAGCCCCAUCGCCAGUUUUUGAUUCUUUCGACAGCUUGAUCAACAGCAAGAGCGAGAAAUCGAAAGAAGAUACCAGUCCUCCCAAGAGGAGCCUAAGCAAACGGCUCGCCAAUAGAGCGCAGCGUACGAGCGUCUACAACCUAUACGAAGAGGCUAAAGUUCGUGGGGUGGCACUUCAGCGAAAGUACUGGGUUCAAAUAUUAUUUGAAUGUACUGUCUACGUUUUUUUGCUUGCCUUCAUCUAUCUCGUUCUGGUUGGACUUCCACUAUGGAGCGGUGCGGUCUAUUGGUUGUACUGGGUCGUAAGGAAUAAGUUUGCCAUCGAAGGUGGCUGGGCCAUUGUCUUAGGUCUAUCUACGAUAUACGCGUAUCUUCCUCUUCUCAUACUCUUUGAAAAGGACCCACAAGUCCCAGAGACUGUCAACGCGGAAGUUGAUGUCGAAGCAAAUAAGUUUGACACCGGUGUCGAAAAUACAGCUCUAAUGAUACCUUGCUACAAAUCAGCGAAAAUAAUAGGACCUACUCUUGAGGCGGCUUUGAAGAUUUUUCCAGCUCAAAAUAUUUACGUGAUUGCGAAUGGCAACUCAGCAACACCUCUUGAUGAUACUGAAGACGUAUGCCGACCGUAUGGUGUUAACCACAUUUGGUCGCCCGUUGGAUCUAAGAUAAUUGCGCAAUUCGUAGGCUGCUAUGCAGCCAAAAACUUCGAUAACGUUUUACUGAUCGAUGAUGACUGCCUGCUUCCCUCUAAUUUUCCCGUUGUUAGUGACCGGCUCAUUGGUCGUGUUAAGUGUAUCGGUUACACCAUUAAAAGCGUCGGUCCUAUGUCUUCCAAAGGCACCUUCUGUCAACAAGCUCAGGAUCUCGAAUAUAAGAUCUCAGGGUUACAGCGCGCCUUUGCGGGGAAGAUUGGCAGUGCGACUUUUCCCCAUGGAGCCAUCUCACUAUGGAACCGAGAAUUCCUAAAGCAGACAUUUCAUGACCAUCCCGGAUUCACAGUAUCUGAAGAUUGGUUUUUUGGUGAUAGCUGUCGACGACUAGGUGGACGAAUUGAUAUGUGCACCUCCGUCUUCGUGGAAACCGAGACACCCUCCGCUGUGUUCUUCAGCAGCGGCGGUAGCCGAGGGGGAUUCGGGGAAAUGACAAUCUUCAAACAACGGUUUAUGCGAUGGAACUUUUUUUUUGUAAAUGGCAUGUACUACAACAUGAAAUACAUCAUCAGGAGCUGGAAAUUAGGGUGGUGGGAGCUUGGUGCCAAGAUUUUCGUUUGGCAAGAGGUCUAUGAAACGCUUCUGUACCUUCUCACACCAUUCAUAUUACCUAUGUCAUUCAUGGCCCGACCUGCAUUUAGCGGUAUCAUGCUUGGCAUUACAAUUGGAAUGUACCUGCUCAACGUCAUUGUUUUUAACGAACUACAUUUACGGUUGAAGCGUGAACGUGUCAGCCUGCUUGUUCUGCUAUUUUACUAUACCCCAUACAAGCUUGUUCUCACCUUCAUCAAUGUAGCCAGUUGUUACUGGUCCGUCUAUAAAUAUGCUCGCUAUUUUGCGAAAAAACACCCAAAAGUUAUCGAAGAUGCGAAGGCAAUUGAAGUGGUGCUACGCCUAGAAGAGCAAGAAAACAAUAUCACAGAAAAUGAAAAUAAGCUCGGUCGCACGCUGACCAUUACGAAAGUGAAAGCGCGGAGAAACACGACGCCUUAUGCACCAGCUGCAAUAUACCAGCAUUUUCAAGACGCCCAAUUAUCUGAUUAUACGGAAAAUACAGAUGGCGAAAAGGCCGCCCCAACAAUAUAUGUUACGCCUUCUCACAGCCUUGGCCCCGUAGAUAAGAGCUACUCUCCAUACCAGCAUCAAGAAAGGGACCAUUAUCAGCAACCACAAUCGUCUCUCUCUUCUCAGCGCUUCUCGUUUGUGUCUACGGACUCGACUUAA